AUGGACGACCCCCCUGGCGAGGACCUCCCCCCAAUCUCGAGCCCUCGCACACAGAGUCAUCGUGCCUCCGUUGGCGCGGCGAGCCAUUCGACAACAUUUGAGAACCACCAAUCUCCUCGCCAACGAGUACCUCGUUCUCUGCCUCCGUGGAUCGACUCGUUCGAAUCGGAGAAUGGAUUAAGUACGGAAGAGCAGCUUCGACUGUUGAACCUGCCUAGUCGGGCCCACGCCGCGCAACAUAACUACGGCCCGAGCGAUACGGAACGAAGGGUAUCUCGAGAUGGCUUCGUCGACAUUGGCCUAGAUCCGGUCCCAAGUCAUGGCACCACCUCACAGCGGAGACGGUUGACCGUGCAACAAUUGCUUAGAGGAAGGAGGGGGCAGCAGGGACGGAAAUGGGACCACCUGCGCACCGCCGAACCGGUUAUUGUGCCGGCCCACUUCUUUCAGAACCAAGACCCCGCGCUGGCCUGGCGGAGCUACCUCCAGUCGUCGGUCUACGGGCGGAUGGAAGGGGAGGAGUCGGAGGUGGUCGACCCGGAGUUUCUAGACGAACUACAGCCCGAUUUUAGCCGGCCGUUCGAUAAGCCUCUCUACCCGCACGAACAGCCACACGCGCACGGAGCAAACGACCGGCGGCGGCGGCGGCGGACGUUUUGGGAACGAGCCUGGCGCGCCAUCCUACGACACCCGCUCGUUCCGUUGAUGUUCCGGCUCAUCGUGCUGGUGAGCUCGAUGAGCUCGUUGGCCGUCGCAGCGCGCAUCUACAUGCAUGAGGACCGGCAGGACCGCAGCAGCGCCGAACGUACGCAGAGCGUCGUGGCCAUCGUGGUGGACACCGUGGCCGUCCCCUACAUCGGCUACAUGCUGUGGGACGAGUACACGGGCAAGCCGCUGGGCUUACGAGCGGCAACGCAGAAAAUCGCCCUGAUCCUUCUGGAUCUCUUCUUCAUCAUAUUCAAGUCGGCGAGCACGGCCCUUGCUUUCGAGUCGCUCGUGUAUCACAUGGACCGACAAGUGGCGGCCAUCACAGCCCUCUCGAGGGCGUUAACGUCCAUGAUGGUCGUGGGCCUGGUGGCAUGGACCAUGAACUUUAUGGUCAACAUCUUCCGGACGGUGGCGAGACUAGGACCGGGUGAAGGAUAG